CAUGUCAGUCCUCGUACUGUGCAUACUGGCCUCAACUUUUCUGCCUAUUUUAGCGGAGGAAACGGAGACCCCAGAUGUAGACCGGCCGCUGGUGUCCUUUACACCCGACUGGAGGACAAUGUUCUACAAUGAGACGCUGACCAUAUCCUGCCUCCAUCCAUCUGACACCAAUGAGACGUAUACUUGGUACCGGAACAACAUACGGAUGGAUAUAAAUAGUCAGAACUUUACUAUCUCCUCCAUUCAGCUGUACGAUCGGACAAACUAUCAGUGCCAGACGCGCACCAGUGAGAAAAGUGAACCCGUCCGACCGCACGUUAUAACAGAUCUUACCAUACUGAGAGCCCCUCGCUACGUCUUCGAAGGCGACAUCCUGAACCUGACAUGUGACAGUCGCCUCGAUGUCAAUACGACCAAUGCUCAAGCCUCUUUUUCCAAAAACUAUAAUUCGGUAAAACCUAUGAACUCUGAUACAUAUUUAUUUGUCGGGAGAGUGGACGGAACCGUGGCUGGAAAACAUUCGUGUAAAAAGAAGGCCAUCUUCAAGAACGAGAAUAAGGAGACGGACGCCGAGGAGAUGAUUGAAGUUACAGUGUUGUUCACACCUCCCGAACUAAAAUUACAUCCAUCUCCCAUAUCGGUGGGGAUGGACAUGACGCUGACCUGUGUGACCACUCUUCACCCAUUACGAGCAGACACAGAAUUACAAUUUGCCUUCUAUAGAAAUGGCUGGCACGUCCAAGGGUUGGGUUCCUCCAAUACAUACAAAGUUCAGUCGGUGGAACUGGAGGAUUCUGGGGAUUAUUCCUGUGAAGUGAGAACAAUAAUGAACAGUGUGAGGAAGAUGAGUCCACAGCUGCCGAUCCUCGUACAAGAGACUAUUAAGCCAGUGUUGUCCUUAAGCCCAAACUGGGACAAAAUAAUGAGACACGACCCAAUGACCCUGACAUGUGAUGACAAGAAGAGCGAGACAUAUACCUGGUAUAAAGACAAUGUCAGGCUGUUCUCGACUGGAAAGACACUGAAGGUUUAUGCCAGCAGUGAUAAAGAAAUUGGGCAUUACCAGUGCCAGGGCGAAUCUGGUGAAAGGAGCGACCCUGUUCAUCUGGAUAUUUUCUUUGUGUGGCUCAUCCUACAAGUGCCAAUCUCCAUCCACGAAGGGGACAGCGUGACGCUAAGAUGCAGGAUGUGGAGUUCCGGCUCUGCCGUCAAUACGACAUUUUACAAGGACGACUACGUGAUACAGUUUUUGGGCUCUGAGACGGACUUAACGUUUGGACCCGUUUCCAAAAAUGCUUCAGGGAAAUAUAAAUGCACAAGAUUUAUAAAUACCGGGUCUAUAACUAAAACCUAUGUUGCCGAGGAGUAUAUAUCAGUAGCAGAGCUUUUUACCACUCCAGAAGUCCGACUAAAUCUAAACCCGGUGGUAGAAGGAGCGGACAUGACCUUAACCUGUCAUACGACCAUUAGUCCACUCAGAUGGUCAAUAGGAUUGAAAUAUUCUUUUUAUAAAAAUGGGAAGACUGUGCAAGAAUUCGGCGAAUCCAGAAAAUAUAAAAUUUCAUCUGCUCAACUAGAGGAUUCUGGGAGCUAUGCCUGUGAGGUGAAAACCUUAUACAAUACUGUGAAGAAGAUGAGCACGGCCAUAUCUAUUAAUGUACAAGGUAUGGCAGUGGUGUCUUUUACACCCAAUGUUGGAAAGAUAUUGACGACAGAAACCAUGACUCUGAAGUGUAAUGUGGAUCCAAAAAUAAAAGGCAAACAAGAGUAUUACUGGUACAAGGACAGUAUCCAACUGAAUAUAAGUCAACAGAGCUUCACCAUUCAGGGUGCCCUUGUCAGUGACAGUGGUUAUUACCAGUGCCGAUCCACCAAUACUCAUAUGAGUGAACCCAUCAGGCUGGAUGUCUCCAAUAGUGAUCUCAUAGUCCAAGCGCCUCCGUUCAUAUUAGAAGGUGACAACCUAAACCUCAGCUGUCAUAGUCGUCGCGGUCUGGAUUUACAAAGCACAAAGUUCUAUAAGAACGGCAGACUACUAAAACUUCUUGGGGCUGACACUGUCCUCCAGAUGGGAAAGGCCUACUCCAUCAUGAGCGGGGAAUAUAAAUGCACCAGAGAUGCCAAACUCGUUUCCUUCAGGUCUAGGACAUUAUCUGCAGAACUAUUUGUCUCCAUCUCAGAAAUCUUUUCAUAUCUGACUAUAAAAGUAAAAACAAAUCCAAUAUUAGAAGGCGAUCCCUUGAUCCUAACCUGUGACUUUGCUCUAAAUCCGGCCUUGAAUCCCCUGCAAGGCGGCAUAGAUCUAGAAUUUGCCUUUUACAAGGAUGGAAACAAAAUACUGGAGUUUGGUAAAAAUAAUACCUAUCAAAUGAAAGCAGCAAAGAGGAACGAUUUUGGGAAUUAUACGUGUAACGUUCGAAGCUCACUCAUCAAUGAAGUGAAGAUCAGCCAAAAGGUCGAUGUCAGCGUCCAAGAGCUGUUUUCCACUCCCACACUGACGGUUAACCCCGCGAAUGUUCAGGCAGGAAAACCAUUGGAAUUUCUCUGUGAAUUUAAAGUUUAUUCAGAUCGAAUGAGGAGAAAUCUGAAGAUAACCAUUUACAAGGAUGGCAACGUUCUAGCCAAAUACAGAGAUUUUGGUUAUAUCUCAGCGAAGACUGACCAUUCUGGAGACUACAUGUGUGAAGUUGCCGACUUAACCAGAACGAUCAUCGCAUACAGCCAAACCAGGCGCAUCCUGGUUAAAGAGCAAGUGGCUGGCGUAAAACUCUUUUCUGAACAACACAAAGAACGUGACAUCAAGAUGUUGGCUGGAAGUAACAUAACGUUCACGUGUUCGGUCCGUGAAGGUACUUCUCCUUCAUUUAGAUGGUUGCACAAUUUCCAGGAGAUAGACCAGAGCUGUGCCACAUAUCAAGUCCUACAUGAUGGCCAAAAGCUCUUCAUAGGAUCUGUGCAAACCCAUCACUCCGGAUCCUAUCAAUGCCGAGUCAGCAACAACGUCUCGUCCGGUGAGAGUGACAAGCUGGAGCUCACCGUCAUUGAGCCUAUAGGUGGCGCCUUCCUGACCACUGACCAGAAAGUCCUUGACGUGGUGAAAGAAGACAGUUUCACCUUCACGUGCUCCUUGACUCAGGGUAAUGGUUCCCAUUUCUCCUGGAUACACAACCAGCAACACCUGGAGCAGAACGCAUCUAUAUACGAGUUCAGGGAAGGAGGAAAGGUCCUACAUAUAAAGUCAGUCCAACUGCACCAUGAAGGGUCAUACCAAUGUAUUGUCGAAAAGGACUUCACGCCUACAAGAAGAUUGGUGUCACAAAGUGGCACCCUGACCCUGAAAAUCUCCAGUAAAGGAGGCUCCUACCUGACGCCAUUGCUUAUCAUCAUGGCGGUGAUGUCCAUCCUCUUCAUCUCGUUCUUGGUCUACAAGUAUCAGAACAAAUUAGUUAAGCCUCUUUUCCUCCAAAUAAAGCCAGACAUUACCAGAGAAUUCCCAAUUCCCACCACUGAAAAGACAAGAAUCUACGGAAGUAAAGAACAAAUAUCGAUGGACGUCCAACUACACGAGUCUCCAAUUCAGACGAGGCCCCCGGCGAUUUAUUGAUCAACACGUUCUCAGCAAACCCCAGCACCAAGGAAUCUGGGAGUGGAAAUUCCCCGCCGCCAUGUUGCCAACCACAAAGUAAAUUGAGAUGAGAAAACAACGACCUAUGUCCAACAUCACAGAUACAAAGGGCUCCGUAAAUCCGCAUUACUACUCCGAACACCCCCCCCACAUCUUUACUACGGCCCAAAGCGGAUCCCUAUAUCUCCUCUGUGACCCAUGUGAUGCCCCUUGUGCCUGAUUUUCCCAUCAUGCCUCUAUUUUGGCCCAUGGGUCUCACAUGACCGUCAUCUCUUUCCAAUGGUCUGAAUGUAAAUCCCAAUCUGUUUUGCGCCACAAAUGCUCCUUUUGUUGUCGUAAUCUGGGAUUCAGUGUUUUCC